AUGGCAACUGCAUCCAAGGUACAACUCUCGCUUGGAGAACGGCCCGAGUUUUACCUCAAGAACAUCAAACGGGAAUCUGCGACUAGGACUUCACACCUGCUACAAGAGAACCACGAAAAGCAUCAUAUCUUCUUCAAUCAAAGUGGUUUUCAUAACCACAUCGCUCACCAUCUGCUAACCAUUUACUCACUGGCCGCAACUCCCGCACAAAUUCAAAAACAUUAUGACGAAAAUCAAGACUAUCAAAGACCACCUCAGCCUAUUGAGGCAGCCAUCGUCAAGGGCAUGGAGGAUCCAUCACAGUUCACGAAGUAUCUGGGUAAGGAGCGCUACUACAACGAUUAUCUACGCUUCUUUCAAAGCGAGAUGGACAAGAAAGGCUGGCAGCAAGUUUUGAACGAGUAUGUCUUCGCUGGUGAUGAUCGGGCAGACGACAUGUUGGCUCGCAUGUUUGCCGGCUUUCUGCAUCCCAUCAUUCACCUCGGCUUUGGCAUUGAAUUCCACCAACCUGCUAUCAUUGCGGAGGGUCUCGCUCAAGCCGCCGUCCAUGAUGUUUGGAUGAUGCCCUUGUUUGACGGUGCCGAAAAAGCCGCCAAACACCUAUCAGGGCCAUCAAAGAGCGUUGUGGAGCUCCUGGACAUUACGCAUGCUGAGAAACGUCUUGCCAAAGCCGCCGAUGUCGACGGCAAUCGCAUCCGUGAUGGAAUUAUGAAGACAGAAACGCAAAGAAUCAUCGACAUUGUAUCUCAAUAUCACAUCAGCAGCCCCGCAGAGCUCGAGGAACGCACCGCAGAGAUGACAAACGCGGCUGCAUACUUCAGCGGUGCAGCUCAACGCCGCGACAAAGCCGUCAAGUUUGACUUCUUCUAUAUGCAUUGCAUCAAUUCUUCGAUCUUCUUCUCGGCUUUCCUCAAGCAAGAUUGGCUGAGUGAUGCCAACAAAGUUCGCUUACUGGAAUGGAAAGUCCGCAACGAUAUUACUUUAUACGCUUCACGAGGCUGCCCAGACCUGCUGAUUGAUGAGAUCUCGAACUACAAGCCCAGCAAACCUUCAUCAGAAAACACCGAUCCCUGGCACGAGAUCAUUGAGCGCGUCAAGAACUUCUCGGACGAUGGACACGGCUCAAAGCUAGUUAGAGCUUUAGUACACGGACAGCAGAUUUGCAAGCCCUAUGAGACGAAUGAAGACUUCAGAAUCAAAGAAGACAUGUGGUUGCAGCUUGGUCAUAUGGCUAUCGAUUCGGUCGAGGGUGGUGAACCUACAUGGGUUCGAAGCGCUGGCUUUGAUAGUGCUUGGGAGAAGGUGCCGGACAGACCUCGCGCACAACUUUGA